AUGAAAACCUCUAUGGAGAUCGAAAACCUUUCAAAGGACAUUUACUCGUCUCUAGCUCUCGGCGGCUCUGAUCAGAGCAAUCGAUGGCAAAAAACCGUCGAAACCGUAAUCAAAAGCAUUGUUUCAAUCCACUUCUGCCAAAUCGUCAGUUUUGAUUCAGAUUUUAGGUCCAGCUCACAGGCCACUGGCUUCAUCAUUGAUAAGGAAAAUGGCAUAAUAUUGACUAACAGACACGUCGUCAGCCCAGGCCCCUUCACCGGCUACAUCAUUUUGGACAACUACGAGGAAGUUCCUGUCAUUCCAAUUUACAGAGACCCCAUUCAUGAUUUUGGCUUCUUGAAGUUCAAUCCCAACGAUGUGAAGCACAUGAAGUUGCCACCAGAUUUAAAACUAAGACCCGACCUCGUCAAGGUGGGUGUCGAAAUUAGAGUCAUUGGUAACGACAAUGGUGAAAAAUUGAGUAUUCUCAGUGGCUUUAUCUCUAGGACAAAUAGAAACGCCCCUUAUUACGGCUGCUGCAACUACAACGACUUCAAUAUUGAAUAUAUUCAAGCUGCUGCCAACGCUAAAGGUGGUUCUUCUGGUUCGCCUGUCAUUGAUAUAAAUGGAAACGUUUUGGCAAUGGAAGCUGGCGGCUCAUUUUUCGGUGCAACUGAUUUCUUUUUACCAAUCGACAGAGUCUUCAGAGCACUUCACUGCAUACAAAAGAACAAGCCAAUCUUAAGAGGUACCAUUCAAGUCACUUGGAACUUAAAACCAUUUGAUGAGUGCAAAAGAUUGGGCUUAACCUCCGAAAUUGAAUCCAAAAUGAGAUCUUUAUUUCCUGAAACCAUUGGUCUACUAGUUGCUGAAAUAGUUUUGCCAAAGGGGCCUGCUGACAACUUAAUUCGAGAAGGUGAUGUUCUAAUUGCUAUACACAAUAAAGAAAUCAGCUGCUUUAAAACUAUCGACGAAAUAUUAGACUCCUCAGUUGGUCAAUCUAUAAAAUUCACUGUUCAAAGAGAUGGCAAAAUUCUAGAUCUAGCUUGCAAAGUUCAAGAUUUGCAUUCCAUAACUCCAGAUAGAUAUAUCAAGUUUUGCGAUUCAAUAUUCCACAAUUUAUCCUAUCAAUUGGCCCGAACUCAUAAUCUUGCUGUUUCAGGUGUCUUUGUAAGUCAAGCCAACGGUCCUUUUGAAGACGCUGAUUUGGGUUUCGGCUACAUUAUCAAGUCAAUUGAUAACAAAACUGUCAACAACUUGGAUGAAUUUAUCAAUGUUCUUAAACACAUCUCUGAUAAAUCCAUGAUAUCAAUUACAUGCAUGAAAAUUGAAAAUAUACACAAUAUCGAAACCAGAACCGUUUAUAUCGAUAAACAGUGGUAUGAAGAUUUCCGUCUAGCAAUUAGAAAUGAUGAAACCGGGUUGUGGGACUUUAAUGAUCUUGGUUUCAUUGCACCCAGUAAACCACUAAAGCCAUUAAAUGCUAAAUUCAUCGAAAUUCAUUCAGAAAAAGAAGCUCUAAGAACUUUGCCAAACUCUUUUGUCACUGUCACUGCACAUCAUCCAUUAAAUAUCGAUGGUGCUGAAUCCACAAAUGAUCUUGGUUCGGGUUUGGUUAUCGAUGCUAAAAAAGGCUUGGUCUUAGUUUCAAGGUACUACAUUGAAAAUGAUCUUGGUUACUUUAGACUAACUUUUGCAGAUUCGGUGAUCAUUCCAGCAAAGGUGGUUUUUUUCCAUCCAUUAUACGGUUUUGUUAUCUUAAAAUAUGAUCCAUCCUUGAUUCUUGCUCCAGUUCAAGAAAUAAAAUUUAUUGAAAACCCUUUGAAAAAGGGCGAUGAACUAACUUUUGUAUAUCAAGACAAUACCGGAAAGUUUUCUUCUUCAAAAACAAAAGUCGGUUCAAAAGGUUUAUUGAAAAUUGAAUUGGAGUACUCAUAUCCUUGUUAUAGAGCUACUAAUUGUGAAAUUGUCUCUAUUAGUACAAAACUAAGCUCUAGCAUUCUUGGAGGAAUUUUGGUCGAUGAUGAUGCAAAUGUAAGAGGUUUAUGUUUAAAAUUCACUGGGGUAGACGCUGUUGACAACUCAGAGAAUUACUUAUACAGCGUACUUAGAUGCAUUGAUAUCUGCCAUGUAAGUGAGAUUGUCAAAAGUUUCAAAAUCUCAGAUUUGAUUCCAUCUGUGCGUAUUAUUGAUGCUGAAUUUUCUGAAUUGCCAAUUUCUACAGCAAGAGUUUUGGGUGUGAAAGAAGAAUGGAUUGAAAAAUUAGAAAACAGUGCUUUGGAUGAAGAAAACCAUAGAUUAAAAUUCAUCAAUGUCUCUUCUGUUGCCUGUUCCAAGUUUGAGGAAAAAUCUUUGGAUAAAAACAGUUUAAAAGUCAGUGAUGUGAUUUUGACAGUUAAUGGUAAUUUUGUUAAUAAAGUGACAGAUAUCACCAGUUUGAUGUUUAAAAAUGAUGAACUAGAACUCAGAGUCGUGCGUAAUCAAAAAGAAAUAUUGCUUAAAAUUGGAACGUUUGAAGUUGAAAAAACUGAAGAAACUAUUCACUGGUGUGGUGCAAAUUUCCAAAACCCAUUUUAUGCUCUUAGACAAUCCUUAAAAGAAUUGCCUUCAGAUGUAUAUGUGAUGACAGUUGGUAGAGGUUCUCCUGCUAAGGACUAUGGUUUAGGCAGCUCUCAUUUUAUCACGCAUGUUAACGAAAUAGAAACACCUACAUUAGAUAAGUUUUUGAGUGCUAUUAAACAGGUAGCUGAUAAUUCUUAUGUGAAGGUCAGAGCUGUUUCUUUAUCCAACCAAAAAAAAGCUAUUACAUUAAAAACUAAUUAUCAUUACUUUCCUACUAAUGGAUUUAAAAAAAAUGCUGAUGGAGAAUGGGAAUAUUUUUCCUAA